AUGAUUUUCAAUGUAUUGUGUAGUUUAUUGCUAGUUUCUUCCGGUGUUGUAUGUGCCCAAUACACCAACGGCACCCAGAGCUAUACCCCAUACACCAAGACAUUAUCCCCAACCUACUCUGUUCUGCCUCAAGAGACAACAUUGACAUACAGCGAUGAGACGACCACCUUCUACUUGACAUCCACUGUCUACUCUACCCAUUGGUUCACCCCCUCUCCAUCAGCUACUAUUACAAGCGCACCUACCACUAGCACCCCUGCUUUAAGUACAUCUACAUCUGAAUAUACCACCACCUAUUUCGACACAGACACCACUUACACAUCUACUAUAACUUCCGCUUAUACCAUUACUCUGUCCUCGGAGGCCACUACUGAGAAGGCUGAAUCCGUUUCCACUAGCGUCACAGAAAUUGCGUCUACCAUCACUAACUCGGGUAGCACGUACACUUCCACCUUAACUUCAACUUUGUUAGUUACUGUACGUAAUUCGAAAGCAAGCGCUACCGCGACAGUUGCUUCAACCACAGGCGCAGCCUCUGAUAUCGGUGCUUUAGAAAAAUUGGUCUCUGCUGAAAGCCAAUCUCAAGCUGCUGAAACCGCAUCCAGCGGUGAUGCGCAAUGUAAUGCAGCCACUCAGUAUGUUACAAUUACUGCUACUCCAGUUACUAAAUUAGUCACUACUACUGCAGAACCUGUCGUUCAAUACGUUACUGUUACAGCCGGUGCUGGUAAUAUAACUACUGCUGCUAACAACGGUACCCACAUUUAG